AUAUUUUGCGCGCGUGCGUGUAUGUAUAUUGUGCACGGGAGUGCGUAUGGUAGGGAAAGUAGGAAGAGGGUUUUCGAAGCGGGACACUCGAAGCGACGUCAAUCGUUUGGCGGAUUAGCAAAAUUCCGAGCGCACUUCGCGAGUGUUCGAUACUCCUUAUCGAGCGUGGCUAGGAUAUUCGGUCUGAUUAUGAGUUCUUGGAUGAACUGUCCGUCUUCGUUGCUGCUGUUGCUGCUAGGCUUGAGCCUGCACAGCGCGUGCAUCACGCGAGCGAACGUUGCCGAUCAGCAGCACGGUGGCCAAGAGGGUGGUCCGUCACACGAGUCCACCUUAGUGGUGGAGACUACUAGCGGGCUGAUGCGCGGUUUCUCUCGCACGGUGCUCGAUCGUGAGGUCCACGUGUUUUACGGAGUGCCGUUUGCAAAGCCUCCGGUCGGACCUUUGCGAUUUCGUAAGCCACUACCGAUCGAGCCAUGGCACGGGAUUCUGAACGCUACCACCUUGCCCAACAGCUGCUACCAGGAGCGCUACGAGUACUUUCCCGGUUUCGAAGGUGAGGAGAUGUGGAAUCCAAACACCAACAUCUCCGAAGAUUGUCUCUACCUGAACAUCUGGGCGCCGCAGAAGCUGCGUCUACGUCACAAAGAAUCGCCAGACAACGUCGGCAACAACGGAAUGGCGAUAUUGGUGUGGGUCUACGGUGGUGGCUUCAUGAGCGGCACUGCCACCCUGGACGUCUACGACGCCGACAUUAUGGCGGCGGCCAGUAAUGCGAUCAUCGCCUCGAUACAGUAUCGUGUCGGAGCUUUCGGCUUUCUGUACCUCAAGCAGCACUUUAUCAAUAGCGAAGAGGCGCCGGGUAAUAUGGGUCUCUGGGACCAGGCCUUGGCUCUCAAGUGGCUCCGUGAAAACGCGCGCGUCUUCGGCGGCGAUCCCGACUUGAUCACGAUUUUCGGCGAGUCCGCGGGUGGUAGUUCGGUAUCCCUGCAUCUCAUCUCGCCGGUCACGCAAGGUCUAGUGCGUCGGGGUAUCCUUCAGAGUGGCACCCUCAACGCCCCGUGGAGUUACAUGACCGGCGAGAAAGCGAACGAGGUGGCUCGAGUGCUGGUGGAUGAUUGCGGAUGCAAUUCGACAAUGCUGCAAGAAAACCCGGCACGAGUUAUGGCUUGCAUGAGGUCGGUGGACGCGAAAACUCUUUCAGUGCAGCAGUGGAACAGUUAUUGGGGCAUCCUCGGCUUCCCGUCGGCGCCUACCAUCGACGGGGUCUUCCUGCCUAAGGAUCCAUUGGACUUGGUCAGAGAGGCGGAUUUUAAAGACACCGAGAUCCUGAUUGGAAAUAACGAGAAUGAAGGUAGGAACACUGGCGGUGCGAGAGUGUUGUUUCACGGGUUUCACGAAUUACUGCAGCCGACACUGUUUACGGUCGGCUGUGCUGUGCCAACGGCAUUAAGCCAAGCUGUAUGCCCGGCUGUUUGUAAAUGA